AUGAUCGAUCUAUCCGUGCUCGCCAAAGGAUUGCCCCUGAAUCCCCUGCCCGAACUACGACCGCGUGACCCAACUAUUCCCCACGCUCCGAAUUUGUGUCCCCAGUUGGAUGAGGAUGAAAAAGCGUUGGCUUUGGCCAAUGCCUUGCGCUACAUUCCGAGCGAAUUGCAUGAUCAAUUGGCCCUGGAAUUCGCUCACGAACUGGCCACAUAUGGGCACAUCUAUAUGUAUCGAUUUCGACCUGACCCGGCCUUACUCAAGGCACAUCCCAUCGGUCAAUAUCCGGCUAAGUGUGUAGAAGCCGCCGCAAUCAUGCUGAUGAUAUGCAAUAACCUGGAUCGUGAAGUGGCACAAUUUUCAGACGAACUGGUCACCUACGGUGGAAAUGGUCAAGUAUUUUCUAAUUGGGCUCAAUUCUGGCUUGUUAUGAAGGCUCUGAGCAGACUGACCAGCAAACAGACUCUUGUGCUCUAUUCCGGCCAUCCAGCUGGCCUGUUUCCAAGCCACACUUUGGCCCCACGAAUGGUCAUCACCAACGGGAUGCUGGUCCCGCGACCUGGAUUGCAAAAAGGUUAUCAGAAAUUGUUUGCCCUAGGUGUGACCCAAUACGGUCAAAUGACAGCCGGCUCGUUCUGUUAUAUUGGCUCGCAGGGUAUCGUGCACGGGACCACACUGACCAUACUGAACGCAUUUCGGCGGCACAUGGGUUCGAGACUGGAGCAUGGUUCAUAUCACACAAACGAUGACUUCAUCCGCGGUAAGGUGUUUCUCAGUUCCGGAUUGGGUGGCAUGAGUGGCGCGCAGGCUAAGGCGGCCGUGAUUAUCGGAUGUGUCGGGGUGAUUGCGGAAGUGAGCGAGCAAGCCCUGAAUAAACGAUUCGUUCAAGGUUGGCUAACGGAACGUGUGGAUAAUUUGGAAAAGCUGAUGGAACGUAUACGUCAGCGACGGAAAGAGAAGCGUGCUGUCAGUAUCGGAUAUUUGGGUAACAUUGUGGAUGUCUGGCAACAAUUGGUGAAAGAAUAUAGACAAACCGGUGAGCUUCUGGUCGAUAUUGCGUCCGAUCAGACGUCGUGUCACAAUCCAUUCCAUGGGGGCUACUAUCCAUGUGGCUACAGCUACGAAGCGGCUCGCAAACUCAUGCGCGAAGACAGUAAUACGUUCAGAAAGGCGGUCGAGAACAGUCUUCGGGUACAGGUAGCUGCAAUCAAUGAAAUGACCAAAGCAGGUGUGUACUUCUUCGACUACGGAAACGCAUUUUUGUUACAAGCAAAACUGGCCGGUGCGGAUUUGGAGCCGACGGAAGAGCAAUUAAAGGAGGCGAAGGAGCUGCGCAUAAUCCGCGAAUUUCGGUAUCCGUCAUACGUUCAGGAUAUUAUGGGUGACAUAUUUUCCAUGGGAUUUGGACCAUUCCGUUGGGUGUGCACUUCCGGGCUACCAGAAGAUUUACGCACGACAGAUAAACUGGCCGAGGAACAAUACCAACGGUUGAGCAGUCGAGCAGAUCUGCCUUUACCGAUUCGGCAACAGUUUGAAGACAAUCUUCGAUGGAUUAAGAAUGCCGACCGGCACAAUCUCGUGGUCGGAUCUCAGGCUCGAAUCCUCUAUUCGGACGAAGACGGUCGAGUGGCGAUUGCCGAGGCUUUCAACGAUGCCAUUGCCAAAGGACUGUUGCACGGCCCGGUUGUGCUUAGUCGUGAUCACCACGAUGUCAGCGGGACAGACAGCCCGUACAGGGAGACAGCAAACAUCUACGAUGGAUCCGCCGUGUGUGCCGACAUGUCGGUUCACAACGUGAUCGGGGAUGCAAUGCGUGGUGCCUCGUGGGUAUCUCUGCACAACGGUGGUGGUGUCGGCUGGGGUGAAGUAAUGAACGGUGGGUUCGGUCUCGUAUUGGACGGCACACCGGAAGCGCUGGAAAAAGCCCGACGGAUGCUCUCUUGGGAUGUAACCAAUGGGAUCGUUCGGCGUGCAUGGGCUGGGCACCCAUUAGCUAAAUUGACCCUACAGUAUCGAGAGAAAGUACAUCCAGCGGAUCCGGAGGACGCGUUUGAACCGCUCUUGCCCGAGCGAGUUCAAGAUCUCAGACUUUUGGAGGUCGCUCUUAAAAAAGCCUAUCAGUGA